CUUAGGUCAUCAACGACAGCAAGUAAAAUCUACUAAACCAAAACCGUCGUUUCUUCUUGCCCACCAAAUCACAUCUGUGUCAAACAGAAGCGAUGGACGCGUAUCCAGGCUUUUCUCAACUGAAGUCGGGGGUUCAAUUUGCGUUCGGCGAUUUUAAAGGAGCCUGGCAGACGCAAAUUAACUUUACUCGUCAAUGCCCUGUUAUUUCUCAAGCGAGAUCAGCGAUAGAGGUUGCUGCGGGAGACCCGGACGCCGCUCUGGAAACUCAAAUAGAAUGUGCAAAAUUCUUGAGCAGAACAGUGGAUGCGGUUCCAGUUGUUGGUCACUUGAAGGGAUUCGUUCAUCGCGCCGUGGGAGAUGAAGACGGGUACGUGGCUGCUCAGAAAUCUGCUACUCGCUCCGCAGCUAUUGCUGCUUAUUCGGCGAUAGGCUUUGUUGCAGGAGGGCCUGCUGGAGCUGCUUUUGGGGGUAUUGGUAUGGCAGCCCAAUACGAUUUCACCGUAUCAUGUAUUGAUUCGGAAAAUAAAGGAGAAUUUUCGCCUUACGGCAUGUUCGAGUUCUUGGAAGAUCCCAAGGAUCCUGGCAAGUGCUGCGACUCAGCGUGGAAAGUGCCACGACUCUGCCGAAAAUGAUGGUAAAGCUAGAAGUAAAAAUGAUUGAACGACAAUGCUGGUCGGCCUAUUGAUCGACGGAUUGAAAAAUUAUAUAAUGCAUUCAUCGUUCAUGUUUAUAAAAAUUAACAAUCUAAUAGCUUUCACUCAUGGAAAAGAUUCUUACUACUAUCCUCUUGAAUUUUCUAUUCACACAGACAUUUCCAAUUUCUGUGAAGACUUUUAUAGUAUGCCAUUGUCCCGUAUAGAGUAGGUGGGACAUGAAGUUUUUGGUUGAAGCAUUCAGGGCGCGGACAAAGCAUUGUUGAAGAUAAUAAAUAGAAUUAACGCUUUACCUUUGCCACGUUUUACCGAUUUUUGUAUUUUCAUAUAGCCUAUAGGUAACUGUUAAGCACCAGCAAAACCCUGCUUAAGCAAGGGGCUGCAUGGACUAGUUUCCAGCGCUUCAAUAAUAAUUAAGAUAAAAGAAAAAGAUAAUGUAUAUUAGCUCACUACACCAAGAAUGACUUGAUUUGCUAUAGGAAUGAGUCCUCGUGAUGAUUCCAUGAUUAGUGUGGUAGAUUUGUUCGUGUUCUAGUGUGGUAGAUUUGUUCGUGUUCUAGUGUGGUAGAUUUGUUCAUGUUCUAGUGUGGUAGAUUUGUUCAUGUUCUAGUGUGGUAGAUUUGUUCAUGUUCUAGUGUGGUAGAUUUGUUCAUGUUCUAGUGCGGUAAAUUUGUUCAUAUUCGUAAAAUGUUAGGUUCUAAUCAUGUCUACAGAGUGAAGUAGGUGCUACAUUAAUAUUUCUAUCUGAAUAUUUUCUAAUACAUUGUACAUUGUAUUAUGAGAAUUGAGAAAAAAUACAUUGUAUUUUUUCUCAAUUUCUUUAUUCCUAAAAUGAAGGCAAACUAAACCACGGGUUGGCCUUAUUUGUUCCUCUGAUUAAAUGAGAUAUAGUCCAUUUUCUUAUUGGUUGGAAUCCUGAAUCCUGCUGAUAUAACAAGACAUUAUAAUCGUAUCUGUAUUUCUGCUUGAAAUUGCUGUCCCGCUGUUCAACAGAAAUAAUAAUAAAAGAUUCUGCGAUAA